GGCUACAAUCAAGUUCAAUCAUAUCGUAAGCAAAAAAAGCAGACACCAGACACUAAACAAAAAUAAGAAAUAAUAACUUAGAAAAAAAUAUAUAUAACUUCGUUGUUGAACAUACUUUAUUAUAUUAAAGUAUAAAACUUCUAGGAUCUUUUAGUAAAUAUAAGGCAAUUAAUUUCUUUCUUCUUAUUAAUUUAUAAGUAAUUAGAUAGACAUAUUUAUGCUCGGUUAUUUUCUUUUAAUCCUCUUGUGCGUUUUAUAAAUCAUUGCUAAGCUCUUAAUCUUGGAGCUUCUAUAUAUUCCGCUAUUAUAUUUGCAAAAUGGGUACCUCAAGCAGCAGCCUACACGAGCUGCGAGAUAACAAGUAUUUACAAAUGUUCUCUGGAAAAGAAGCUAUUUCUCCGAAUGACCCCUUUUGGAAUCAGCUGCUUUCUUUUACCUUUGCCCCUCCUCACUCUUGUGCCGACUGUCGUUUACUGGAGGACAGUAUUCGCCCGAUGUUAGAUGCUUUGCUAAAUACCAAUCCACUUACGGGAAAUGUGGCUUCUCUUAUUAAAGUGUUCCUCAUUCACUCCUCUGAACUGAAAGCUGCUGUGCAGUGUGAAAAUAAAGUAUUCAUCUGGCAAGCUCACAACUCCCUUUUUAUUUUGAGGUGCAUCUUGAAAUAUUUCAUUGAAACCUUAGGUGAGGAAGGAAUGAUAAAACAGCUUGAAGAUGCUCAACUGAACAAAAGCGACCCCCAGAAUGCUUGCGAACCCGAAAAGCUUCUCGAAGACGUAAUAAAUGCCCUGAUCGAAAUAGUCGUCGACAUAUCCCUCGAUAACCGGACUUACGCUAUAACCGUGGAAGCGGUGCAUACUUUGAUCGUCUUGCUCUCGGUGCAGAUGUUUUCUUCGAGGCCAGCUAAUCUCUCUGGUGUCUACUCGAUUUUCAUGCAUGGGAAAUGUACUAUUCACUCUCUCUUGCUGGUCAAAACUCUUUUUCAAAAUUACUGCAAUCAGCAGAAAUGCCCGCAUUGUGUCACUACCGCAGAAGGGGGAAGUAUCAUUGCUGGACUUGCAACUGGAAUUUGGAAUAUAUUGUCAUUAAGUACUGUGCAUCAAGAACCUCCUAAAAGUGAACCAAUGACGGUACUCGCAAAUCAAAGCUUAUUGUUUCUUUUAUUAUUAGUUAAUCAUUGCACUAAUGAGAAGGAGGGGAAAAACCCUUAUCGUGGUGCUCUUUUAUCAUUUAGCAAUUCAAAUAGCACUUGUGAAAUGCCUAAGGAAAGCAUGGAGGCUUUUAAAUUAGACUAUGAUGCUCUCUUUACUACAUUGUGUAACACACUAAAAGAUGAUCAAACCGCUUUGUUAACAUAUAUGUUAAUUCACCAAAACCCACAUUUUCGUCAAUAUAUUAUAUUUUCAUCAGAUGUUUCGUUGCUUGUUGUACCGUUAUUGAAGCUACUGUAUGAUGCACCUGAAAAAAAUUCUCAUCUUAUUUAUAUGGCAUUAAUAAUUAUAUUAAUAUUAAGUGAAGAGGAGUACUUUGACAAACAAAUUCAUUCAAUAAAAUUGAAAAACAUAACAUGGUAUAUGGAGCGAACAUUAUCUGAAAUUUCCCUUGGUAGUUUAUUGGUUCUUAUUCUGGUUAGAACUAUACAAUACAACAUGACUCGAAUGCACGAUAAGUAUCUCCAUACAAACUGCCUGGCUGCAUUGGCUAAUAUGUCUGCCUAUGUUCAAAACCUGCAUCCAUAUGUUUGCCAAAAAUUUGUUAGUUUGUUAGAAUAUAUGGGUAAAAGAUACAUACACGUGACGGAUCAGUCGAGAACCGUGUUGCAAAUUGAUGAUGAACUGCCUUCUUCAGAUUUGUCUGUUCUCGAAGAGGUAUUGAGAAUGCUGUUGGAGAUUUUAAAUUCAUUUUUCACUUCCCAGCUAAAGAACAAUAUCAAUUUGUUAUACACAAUCCUUUAUAAGAAAGAAAUUUUUGGCAUGUUUCGAUCAAAUCCUAAUUUUCAAGACAUUAUGCAAAAUAUUGACAUUGUGUUGCUGUUCUUUACUUCACAUUUAGAAUCUAUGGAUCAUAAUUCAUCUGUUUCUGAAGUGUCUGAAAUCUUAAAAGCAGCUGCUUCUACAUGGUCUAAAGAAAAGCUUAAAAAAUUGCCGGAGUUGAAGUUUAAGUACGUCGAAGAGGGUCAACCGGAAGAAUUUUUUAUUCCGUAUUUAUGGUCUGUUGUUUUUCACUCUUCUGAAAUAUACUGGAACUCUAAGAAUAUUUUAAUUUUUAAUCCUCACAAAACUUCUUAAUAAUUUUAAGAAUUCAAGUGAAGUAACUAAAAUUAGUGUUUAGUUUAAAGUGUGUUGGAUUUACUUCUGUUCAAAGUUUAGUUUCCUAUCAACUAUUAAUAAGACAAACACAACAAAUAUUUUUUUUUUUAAUGAUUAGAAAUAUUUGUUUGCAAUUAUAUAAUCAUAUGUGUUAUUUUUGCAAUUAAUUUUUUUAUUUUUAACUGUACUAGUAUGAAUAAUGCUAAUAUAUAAGCUUUUGUAAUAAAUAUUUAUUAGGAAUAAAUUAAAUAUUUUAUUAUUCGACUUUGUAUGAUGGUGAUUUAAAAUAUUUUCCUAUGUUUGUUGUAUGUAAUGUUUGGUGAUUUAAAAAAAUUUGCAGAGAAUAAAUUUCUUUGAGAAGUUAAUAACUGUGAAAAAAAUAUUUUGUAUAAACAAUUUUGAAGAAAAUAUAAUAAAAACAUUUUAGUUUUAUUUUUUAAAUAAAUAUUGUUUUUAAUUUUCAAAAUUGGCUAUAGGUGGCAGUUUGUUUCAUCCAUUAAAAGUUAUUGUUAUACCCCAAUUUUGCAGGCUAUUCAAUUGAAAAGAGACCUUAGAAAAUCAAAAACUGAGGAUAAUCCAGAACUGUUUAUUAUAAUAAUUUAUCAUAUUUAUUUUAAUCAAUUAUAUAAGUUUAAGCAGUUUUUUUAAGUAAUUUACUAGAGCAGUUUUUUUAAAGAACUGGAACCAAUUGCUCAUCUUAAACUUAUUGAUAACAAUAAUUAAAAUAAUCGGAUAACAAUGAUAAAUGCGGAGACUUCAACAUUCAGCACCAUGCAAAAGUAUAGAGCAAAAAACAGCCUUAAAAACACUUAUUUUUUUGUUGAUAUUUAUAUUUGAAGCUCUCCAAAAUUUUUGAAGGCUUCUGAAACAGGUUCUAGCUUUUAUGAUUCUUUGGUUUAUAUCAAGGUUGCUGUCUCCUUGUUUAUUUACUGUUUUCCCAAGGUAUGUGAAAGAAUCUAUUUCUCUCUUUUUUAUUGUUAGAUUUUGCAUUUGUUCUUAUGGUUUUUGUUUUAUUCUUAUUAAUUUGUUGACCGAUUUGAUUUGCAAAUUUAUUAAAUUUUUUAGUUUUUUUUCUCUUCAAGAUCGAUGCAUCUAGAUGAAAUGAGGGUUAUGUCACCUGCAUAAUUAAGAUCUUCUAAUGUGGUGUUAAAAUUCCAUCUGAUCCCUCUUUUUUUGAUUUUUGGUCACAUUCUUCAUGAAUUCUGAAUAAAAAUCCAGACAAAAUGUAUAGGCGAUCGCAAUGCUCGAGUACCCCAUCUGAGGAGAAGACUGGUUCCAUGCCUCUGGCCAUUCUCUUUUCAGUCGUAUAGGGAUGUACUACAAUAUUUUUCCAAUUUUAGUAUUUUUUUAUUUUAAAUUUUAGUAUUUUUCGUACUUAAUUCUUAAAAGUAUUGUUUUAAAUUUCCAUGACACUUUUUUUAGAACUAUGUUUGAUGCAGUUUUCAAUUCCUUAUAGUUUCCUAACUUAAAAGAUUUUAAUCUAUUUGAAAAUCAAGACAAAAACUAGCGUACUUCCUUCUUCCAUGACUCUCCACACGAAUGGUGAAAGCAUGCGAAGUGUUGCCAUUGGUGGAGAGUUCUGCUCUACUCCACCUGUAGCCUAUCUCAAUCGCCAAUCCCUGUGUUACUCUUGUUUGAACAUCGAAAGAGUCUGUAAGUAUUCUAUGAUCCUCAAUACAUGUUUUACUUCCAUCAUUAAGGCUCUUAAUGAGAUUAUAAAUUUUUCUGAGAUUUUGUAAUUUUUAAAUAUUUUCAACAUUUUGUACCAAAAUCAAAAGUCUUACUGAAGUCAAUAAAAUUUGGUAAAAAAAAUAGUGA